AUGAAAUAUACCAAAAAAACCUUCGUGAUUUCCUUAUUAAUUUUAAGCAUUUUGCUUACAGGAAUUAACGCGGUUUCUAAAGUCGCCGAUGUGAUGAAACGACAAGCUGUAACUUCAAACCCAGGGAACACUCCCACACCUGUGGUUAGCACGCCCGCACCACCAACAAAUACGGCUGCACCGCCAACGCAAGAAGCAUCUACAAACAAUCCGCCACCAAUAACGCAAAACACGGCUGCACCGCCAACGCAAGAAGUAUCUACAAGCAAUCCACCACCAGCAACGCAAGUAUCUACGAGCAACCCGCCACCGCCAUCACCAGCAACGCAACACGGCUGCACCGCCAACGCAAGAAGCAACUACAAGCAAUCCACCACCAACAAACACGGCUGCACCGACAACGCAAGAAUCUACGAGCAACCCGCCACCGCCACCAACAACGCAAGUAUCCUCACGGUUGCACCGGCACCGCAGGAUACAACUGCAAGCAAUUCGCCAUCAAUAACUCAAAGCACGGAUAUAACAGCAACGCAAGUAACUGCAAACAAUCCUACAACUACACCAGUAGCGCAAGAAACAACUGCAAGCAAUUCGCCAUCAAUAACUCAAAACACGGCUACACAAGCAACGCAAGAAGUAACUUCAGGCAAUCCUACAACUACACCGGCAACGCAAGAAACAACUGCAAACAAUCUGCCAUUAACGGAGCAAAAGUUCCCAAACAUCAAAAACGUAAGUAUUAACUACAAUUAUAGAAAGUAUAUCCCCUCAACAACACAAAUAACAACUACAUUUGUAACUAGCCCGACAACGUUAGAUACAACAACUACAAUUUCUUCAGACUCCAUCACGUCAUCGACAAAAGAUCGUGUUAUAUCAUCUACUGCUACUCCUUCUCCACCAUCUCAAACCACUACAACCGAAAACGUUUGUAGCGACGACAACUGCCAAAUAGAAACUUCAAUUAGUGUGACAGGAAAAACAGAAUUCAAUACCAUAACACCUAGUGAAACCACCCCUAUAACAACGAUAACACCGACUAUCUCUGAUUCCAAGUUCCGUCCUACCACCACUAAAUAUGCUACUUCUGUAUAUUAUUCCACUAUUACGAGAGUCUUUCCAGGUUAUACCACUACUAUAUACGUAACUAAUGAUGGAAUUACGACAUCGUCUAAAAAAUAUGUUCCGCCAAGUACUAUGUUAGAAGUCGUUUUAGUAACAGCCGCCGUUGCCGAAUAUGAUCUCAUAGCUACUACAAAUGGAGCUUUAGGAGGAAGAGCUAAGUUCAAUUGGCAGGGCGAAAUGUUGGUUGGUGUGAUAGUGAGUUUAUUGGUUAUCGUAAUCUCUUUUGGGUGUAGUAUCAUGGUAUAG